GCGCGCACUUCAGUUAUCCGCGUGUAAUGUGUACACUGUCACUGUACGUCUGUAUCGACGACGAUAGCGCAAACGAGCGUGUUUUCCACGACCGUCUAGACCUCGUCCGCCGCCGCCGCCGCCGCCCGUCUGUGCGUACAGUGUAAUCGAGGAUAUAAUUUUUUAUAUCUAUCAUCAAUCAUUAUCGUCGUCUAAAAAUAAAAACCGAAAUUUGACGAACACACCUCAAUGUGACGCGGGAAUAAUUAUAAUAAUAAACGUAUACGUGAUAACUCGAGUGACAUCAGCCACAAGUUCGACAAGGAUAUUAUUCACAUUUAUAUCGUACGGUAUAUUAUAAUUAUAGCAUAUCAUCGCCGUUGUUCAGCGAAGAUACCGCGUAAAUCCACAUGUACAUUAAAUGUGCGUACUCGAUAGUGUGAUACCGUCUGACAGUUGAACAGUGUGCGCAGUCCGCUGUGACGUUUUGACUGUAAAAUUAUUUUCGUUCGACUCGCGGUCAAAUUUACAUUCACACGCUUCCGCUGCCAAAAGUGUUUUUGUGUGUUGUUGAGCGCGAGUGUCCCACAGCAGGCUGCUGUCGUUCGAUCGUUUGGCCGCCGUCUACAUGGUUUGCGUGCGUGUCGUCGAUAGUCGUGGCGCCAAAAAGCCAAUCGUCGUCCCCGUCGUACCCCUUCUGAUUCGGUGGCGUACCUUACAAUAAUAAUAAUAAUAUCAUACGAAACAUGUCAAUGAAUCAUUACAAAAUGCAGAAAAAAGUGACACAACUAAUAAUUUUAAGACAAAGACAAUUUAAAUGUUCAAAAUUAUUAAUAGUUUGUCCAUGUGUGAAUUUUAUAUUAAAUUGGUGUUAAAUAAGUGAUUGUGGUUCAAUUAAUUUUUUUUUUCUAUCAUUACUUAAGUAUAAAAAAUUACAAUGGUAGAUACAAGAACAUUAACCGAGUCAGCCGAGAAGGAAAGACAAGAGAUGGAACAGCUAACUAAACUUAUGACUAUGAAAUCAGCUCAAAUAAUUGUACAAUCAAGAAUGGGUGAAAGAUUGCAUACUUAUUGUACAAAUCAAAAUAGUUCGAUGAAUGUUGCAAUAAAAGAAAUCCCAGACGUAAUAACUGAAACAAAACUAGCCUUAAGCAAUGGACUUGGAGAUUCUGUUCCUUUAUGUGUUGAAAUAUUUUUGAAAACUGUUGAUGGAGAUAAGAUGACAUUAGAAACAUGGAGUAUUGGUUUAUUAGCUGAAAGUGCCUUUGAUCCCUUUUGUUCUCGACACUUAGUUUAUACUCUAUAUAACAGAUUAGGAAUUUUAUUAAAAUCAUUAGUGUCAGUUUCUCGAGUAAUACCAGCUUACCGAUAUUCAAGGCAACAAUCACAUGAUUCUUUUCAAAUUCAUCAUCGAAUUUAUGCUGGAGAACCUCAAGUUCAUACUCUUGGAAAAGAAUAUAAAGAAUUACAAAUUGGCCAAGUGUCAAUGCCUAUCGGGACCAUUCAAGUGACAGUUUGUUAUCGUACCUCUAUGACACUAACGUCUCAACAAGAUCCAAUUAUGUUGAAAAGUGAUCAUUUUCGAAAAGAGUAUAGCCCACGACACAAUCAGAUAAUCAAAACUCCAAUUGAUCAGUCUAGAACAUAUAUCAUGGAUGAUUGGACUGUGGGUGCUUUUUCAGACAGUCUCGAAGAAAAAGUUAAGAAUCUUACCCUAUACCGUAUUCCUGAGUUUCCAAAAGAUACAUUCAUAAAACCUAGGAAACGAGCCGAAUAUUGGCCACCACACAUGGUGCCUAGUAAUCAAUUGCAAAAAGUCCAAGAAUCGACUAAUGAAAAUAAUAAUUCAAUAACAUCUUCUAUCCAAAAUAAUAAGAGUUCUGCAGUAAGCAAUGCUGUGGUGAUAAGCACUGGAGUUUCCAAUAAUGUCAAUUCAACUGAAACCAAAAACAAACUCAAUCACUCAAUGAAUACAUCCAGCAAUGAGGCCAUCAGUGAUUUUAUUUUGGUAGAAUUGGGUCAGACUGUGAAACCUCAAUCACCUGAAGAUUUUUGUCGGAGACGUAGUUGUGACAACAAUCCAUUACAAUUUAAGCCUGCUGCAUUUUCCGAUUCAAAUCCAAAUAUUGAAUUGGCACUCUUCUAUCAAAAAUUUCUUGGUGCUCCAUCAUUAAAAGUUCGUCCUGAUCAUUUGAAUGUCUACAACCACCUGUCCGAAAUUGUUGAACAAAUUAAAUGUUUUGAUGAACGUAUGGAAGAAUUUGACAGGGUAGUAUUAGAUUUAUGCCACAAAGAUGAUGACAGUGAAUAAAAUAAUUGAAAAACAUACCCUCCGUAAUGUUUGUAACAAGACUGACUGUCAAAACGAGUAAGAAGCUCAAAAUGAAUAUGUACUUUAUAUGCAUAUACAUAUAUAUUUAUAUAUAAUGUAUAUAUGUACUAUUUUUUUAAAAAUAUUUUAUAAAAAAUAAAACCAAGUUAUAGCAAAGUUAUAAAUAAUUCCAAAACAUUACUGUUUUGUUUAUUUUCUAAGCAAAUGACUGAUCAAUGAUUGAUGAAUUAAUAAAUUAUUUAUUAUCCUCGCGUAGGGUGUGGUGGUCACUAAAAAUCACUUAGGCCUCAAAGUUCCUCCUUUUUGUUAAACAUAAAAAUAAUAAUAAAAUUUUGCAUUUAUGUUUAAUGAGGUUUAGUUUUAAUUUUAAUUUAUUUUGUUUGUUUAUUUCAUAAUGUUACCUUAAAUAAUAAUAAUAAUUUAACUUUUUUGUCUUUUUUGUCUUUCUUUUUUUUUUUUUUUGUUAAUAGGCAACUUUUAUACAUUUUAUAACAAACAGUACUCAAUAAUAUUAAUAUUUGUUUCUCAUAAAAUUUAAUUUGGUUUUUAUUUUAUUCUAAUCAAUACAGGGUCAAGAUUAAAAAUUAAUUAUUUACUACUUAUAUGUAUUCAAUUGUCAUAUUUCUUAUCUAAGCCAUUUAGCCUAAUUAUCAAAUGUAAUACUUCAAUAGUAAAAACAUCUAAAUUAUUAAACAACAGAAUACUUAACUUAUAGACCAUAAACUACGUGAUAUACUGGGUAAUUGUUUUAUCGAACAGAAUUCAUUAUUUAAAAAAUAUAUAUUAAUGUUUUUGAAAAUAUUUAUUUUUGCUUAAUUUCUAGUUGAAAUAAACAAUUUUUUCUAAUUUUUUACUUUUUCAAAUGACAACAUAUAUUUUUAAUUUCAUAUUCUGAAGCAAAAUAUUACCUCAAAGUAUUUCCAUUUAUUAAAAUCAAAAAUUUGAAUGAAUAGUUGAUGAGUUAUUGAAUUUAUAAAUUUUUAAAGUUUUGGUGAGCGGAAUAGUAGACCAACAUUGUGGGGUCUUUGUACCAUGAUUUUUGCAUCGAGAAAUACUCAGAAAAAUAUUCUGCUUCAAAAUAUAAAAUAAAAAGUAUAUGUUGUGAUUCAAAAAAUGAAAAGAAUAAUAUUGUUUUAAUUCGACUUAAAAUUAAAUAAAAAAGUAUUUCCAAAAAUGUUCAUAGAUUUUGAAAUAAUUAAUGUUUGAUAAAAGAAUAACCUUGUAUAUUUAUAUUAGUUGCCUGUUUCUUAUUGUUUUCAUUACUUUUAGUCUCUUUUUUUAUUUAAUUUUUUUUUUAUGUUUUAUUUAAAAUUAUAGUCAAUUGUUACUGAAUAUUGUUAACCAAUAACACAUUAUGGAUGUUUACAUUUAUGUGUGUCUAUAGACUACGGAUUUUUAAUCAAUGCUUUAGACAAAUAUUUACAAAAUGUAACUUUUAUCAAACAUUUUUAUCUUUGAUUCGGUUAUUUUUUUUUUAAUCACAGUAUACCAGAUUUUUAAAAUAAUCAUUGAUUUGUUACAAAAUUAUACUAAAUUUUUGUUUUUUAUAAAAUUAAAAUGUUAUACAAAUUGCAGUUAAAGUGUUAAACAUAUUCUGAAUUUAUGUUUCACAUGUUAAGAUUAUAGCUACCACAAUGAUUUGGUAGUAUGUAAUAAAUAAACGAAACAACAUUAAUA